AUGCCGCGGCCGAACCUUUCAGCAAGUCGGAGGACCCCAUCUUCGAUUGCAAAACAUAGCGGUCACCUCAACAGAUUCAAGUCCUAUGGGUCACUUCGAUGGGGCCUUUUUGACCAGCGGCAUAGCCCCGAUACUUGCGCCCGAUCUGUCCCAAGACUCCGACAUGCGUUUUUUCCGAAUAUAAGCUCCUCGUACAUCCCGGUCGUGACCUCCCAAUCAAAGCGGAACUUUUCCAACAGCACUCGCAAGGAAGGCAUAUGGGAUGACGACGAUGAAGUCCCAGAGCCAAAACCCGUGCAGCGAAUUCCAGGGCGGCCGGCCUUUGUCCGCCCUACCAGACAUCGAGACUUAGGCAGCUUGGUUCGAUCGAGAGUAGACGGGAAAAAUAGAGUCGUUCAACGUCUGCGCAUCGAGAAGGAGUUCAAUUCCCUGCCUUCACAUCAAGAACUUGUUGAGAGUUUUAUCCAAAUGAAGUACAAAUAUGUUGAUGACCUUCUUGAUGAAUCCAUCAAGACCAACUUAGCCUAUGAAUCCGAAUAUUCAGCUCUCUCGUCAAUAUUUCAAAAGCGAAUCAACGAUGUGGUCUCACGGAUAACAAAACAAGUUCUCCAUGCCGAAAAGACCACCCAAGAAUGUGUGACUGAAUUGGAAGGUCUGUCAAGCUUCAUCAGCGCGCACAUUGUAAAUGUGGUGUCGGACAGCACGAAAAAAGUCCUACAAGCAGAGAAGAUUACUCAAAAGUAUAUCGCUGAAGUGAUACAUCUAUCAUAUUCCAUUCUGGGAUUGGACCGAAUACAGGCCGCUGUCACGAAAGCAGAGCAUACCGCUCGAAUUAUUGAUCAUGAUUUCUGCUGCAUUGUUUUUGGUAGAACUCCAGAGUGGGAAAGAAAGCUAGAAAUAUCUGCCAAGGAGAUCCAUGGUUGGAAGAAGUCUCUUCGUGCGGCUCAAAAAACACUCCUACCAGCUCUGGUCGACAUUUCUGAGCUAUCUAUCUGUCAGUUGAGAGACACUCUCGACAAUGAUUACCUACAUCCUCGGAAUACCACAAGGAGUCGAAUUGAUAGAAUUCUCCACGAAACCGAAGUGAUUCAGAAGAAGUACAACGAGUUGAAACUGAAACGCCGUAACACACAAAUUUUCCCCUACAAAGAAAUCCUUGAGCGUAGUGAACGCGAGCUCAGUGAAUGUGCGCAUUAUCAUCGUGCAUUCUGGCUUAGAAGGCAAGAGGCUUUGCAUCCACUUCGACGAAGUGAACUUUGGAAUUUGAAGGAUGUCAUGGCCGCAGCUUCAUCUGCACGUUCUUACAAGGCUACUGACAAGCAAGUCUUACUUGGGCUUGCACUUGGCGCCCGAAAGGACUCACCGGCAAGUCAGUACUUACACAGCAAUUCGCUCAUGAUAUCCAACAAGAUACGUCUCAUAUACAAGCGUCUUUGGAUGCCAAAACCUGCACGCAGCCCUGAGCUAAAUAUCUACUGGAGACAGCUGGAUGUAAUGGCACCACUGAUCAUGGCCGAUGUUCUCACGUGGGGGCUUCAAAAUGAAGUUUGGUACCUCCACCGCAGCCUCAGAGGUGAUCUUGGAACAUUGUGGACUUGGGUCCCCGAGGAGACUAUGGAGCAUACUGUUCUAAAAAUAGCCGACUGGUGCAUAGAAUUCCAGAAACAUCGCAGCGAGCUUCGACAAAUGAUAUCUGAAUACAGACAUCUAAACUGGCUGCGUCUUCAAUCAGAAACAUUGCUACACUCAAUGGGACAACGUGUCUAUCUUGCUGGAAGGUUUGAAGUCCUCAAUCCGAUGAGCCAGGAUGUCCGUUCUUUCAAGAAAUGGACCGCCCGCAUGGGCCGGCUCACUUCGGACGCUUAUAUCCCCAUAAUGGCCAUCCGGCAGACGCGAACGGAUUGGCAGAUUAUCCACGACAAGAUCAAUCGCCAGACCGGGCAGGCUUCUUCCUUUAUCCCUCACCUUUUAGAACUGGGUUCUUCGACGGAUAAGACGUGGCCACAGGAGGGACGAGAGGAAUCCGAAUCUCCCGAGGCCAAGGCCGCUUUUAUCGAAUUAUCCCAAACCCGUCUUUCAAGAUAUAUGAAAGGAAAAUUGGCAGGCCAUUCCGAGUCUUCACUUGCCAGUCAGGGCAAUCAUGAGCCCGGUCAGGCUAUGAUACCCACGAAAGGUUCCUUGGGAAGGAUAAGGCAGAUACUGAAGAGGAAAGUUGGGCUUCAGCAUGCAGCCGAGUCAGUUACUCACCAAGGUAGUCAAGAGGACACCGGCCUCGAACACAACCUAUCUCCGAAUCCCUCGACAAUAAAAGUCGAGGACCACACAACAGUGGGCUCGCUUGUAUCCAAACCACUCCCCGUCAAUGCGCCUGCCGGUCAGGACAAUCAACAGGACAGUCAGCUCAUUUACAAGCAGUCACCCAAACCUUGGGGGAGAAAAUCGAGCCUCAACGCGCCUGAGCCCAACCCAUUCUCAGUCAAUGCGCCUGCUAGGCAGACAAACCAGGAAGGGAGUCAGGUUCUUCCCAAGCCACCACCUGUACUCUCGAAGAGCAAAGAGGUGAGCCGCAGCUCGGAGCCACAUCUUGAUGACCUUUCUCGACCAAUUCCAAGAGAAGCCAGUAGUGCAUCCCCAAUCACACGGACAUACAACGGACUACGGCCGGCAACCAUGCUGCCGAGGAAACCAUUCCCUAAACCGAAUCCAAACGGUGAGAGAAAGUAUAGUACGGAUGCAACUUCCCACCAAACACAAUUUCAACAAAGCGGUGGUGUCAGCAAUGAUUCCCUGCCUGAGCGGCUAAUUGAAACCGACAUUUCCUCGGUCCCAGAUACCACGACCGGACAUCAGGCAGGAUCCAUUGAAGAAGACGACUCCACAGAUGAACCAAUGCCAUCUUCAUCGCCCCAGUUUUGGAGCCAUAGUUCACAGCACAGCCCCGACGGCCGGAAACUUAUCGUGCAUUAUUGCCGGACCCUUCAAAGUACCGAAGAAGCCGUGCAACACUUCUUCGGGAGCAAAGUCAUUGGAUUCGACAUGGAAUGGAAGGCUCAAGCAUCCGGCUGGGAUAGCAUUCAGAGCAAUGUCUCGGUGAUCCAAAUCGCAAACGAGGAGCGUAUCGCCAUCUUCCAGGUUGCGCUUUUCAAGCCUGCACGUUCUCUGGAGGACUUGGUUUCCCCAUCACUGAAACGCCUCAUUGAAUCUCCCGAUGUCAUGAAAGUGGGCGUUUCAAUCAAGGCAGACUGCACCCGGCUACGCAAGUAUCUCGGCAUCGAUGCCAAAGCCACCUUCGAGCUCAGCCAUUUGUACAAGUUGAUCAAAUACGGCAAAGAUAAUCCCAAAUUGGUGAACAAGAGGGGCGUCAAUCUCAGCGAGCAAAUAAAUGAGCAUUUCGGUCUUCCUCUCGAGAAAAGUGAUGAUGUCCGCUGCGGUGAUUGGACUCGGGCUUUGAGUUAUCGUCAGGUUCAAUAUGCUGCUACGGACCCGUAUGCUUGUGUUCGUCUGUUCCAUACCAUGGACGCGAAAAGGCAAGCCAUGAACCCAAUGCCGCCUCGUCCUGCGUUCGCUGAACUCAACCAACCCAUUGUUCUUCCACUUGGACAGGCAGUCAACAGCGAAGAGGACCCAGCGGUCUGA